AGAGAGAGAGACUCCUCCUCUGGUUUUCAGGGCGGAGGUCUGUAACUCUGUGACGGUGUUUGACAGUUCUUCUCCGAGAGGAAAAGUUCUGUCUGAAGACUGUUAUAACUUUUCUCCUCCGUCUUCUUCUUCUAGUUCUUCUUCUGCGCCAUAAUGUCCGGCGUGGCGUCCACUCUGGCCAAGAAGCGGGCCCUGGCCGCGGGCUUCGGAACCAACGCCAACGCGGUGCCGUACCUGAACCAGAACUUCGCGUCUCUGCGCGCGCAGUGCCGCUCGGAGGGUCGCCUCUUCUGCGACCCGACUUUCCCCGCCGAGCCCGAGGCUCUGGGCUUCAAAGAGCUGGGCCGGAGCUCCCCGAAGGUCCGCGGAGUCACCUGGAAGAGACCCAAGGAACUGGUCUCUAAUCCUGAGUUCAUUUUGGGCGGAGCCACCAGGACCGACAUCUGCCAGGGAGCUCUGGGUGACUGCUGGCUGUUGGCGGCCAUCGCCUCGCUGACCCUGAACGAGUACGUGAUGGCCCGAGUUGUUCCCACCGACCAGGGCUUUGGGGACGACUACGCCGGCAUCUUCCACUUUCAGUUCUGGCAGUUUGGGGAGUGGGUGGACGUGGUGAUUGAUGACCGUCUGCCAGUUAAAGAUGGAGAGUUGCUGUUCGUCCACUCGGCCGAGGGGAGGGAGUUCUGGAGCGCUCUGCUGGAGAAAGCCUACGCCAAGGUGAACGGCUGCUACGAGGCGCUGUCUGGCGGCUCCACCACCGAGGGCUUCGAGGAUUUCACCGGCGGCAUCGCCGAGAACUACGACCUCCAGCGGCCGCCUGCCAACCUGUUCCAGAUCAUAAAGAAAGCUCUGGAGGCCGGAGCACUGCUGGGCUGCUCCAUCGACAUCACCAGCGCGGCGGACUCGGAGGCUGUCACCCGGCAGAAGCUGGUGAAAGGCCACGCCUACUCGCUGACCGGCGCCGUCGAGGUGACCUACCGAGGCCGUCAGGAGAAACUGAUCCGGGUCAGGAACCCCUGGGGACAGGUGGAGUGGACCGGGGCCUGGAGUGAUGGGUCCCCUGAGUGGCAGUCGGUGCAGGGGGACUGUCCCCACGCCAAGGCCGAGGACGGAGAGUUCUGGAUGUCCUACACUGACUUCCUGCGUAACUACUCCCGUAUCGAGGUGUGCACGCUGACCCCCGACACCAUCGACGACGACUCGGUCAAACACUGGAGCGUCAGCAAGUUCGACGGCACGUGGAGGAAAGGCUCCACCGCCGGAGGCUGCAGGAACCAUCCCUACACGUUCUGGAUGAAUCCUCAGUUUGUGAUCAAGCUGGAUGAGGAGGACGAUGACCCCGAGGACGGGGAGGUGGGCUGCAGCUUCGUGGUCGGUCUGAUCCAGAAGAACCGCCGGAAGCUGCGGAAAGUCGGAGAGGACAUGCACACCGUGGGGUUCGCCAUCUACGAGGUUCCUAAACAGUUUUACGGGCAGCGGGACGUGCACCUGGAUAAGAACUUUUUCCUGAGCCACGCCCAGACCGCCAAGUCUGAGACCUUCAUCAACCUGCGGGAGGUCAGCACUCGCUUCAAGCUGCCGCCCGGAGAGUACCUGAUCGUCCCCUCCACCUUCGACCCCCACCUCAACGGAGACUUCUGCAUCCGCGUCUUCUCGGAGAAGCAGACCGAGACCCUGCCCUGUGAUGACCCGGUCAACGCUGAGCUGGAUGACGAGACGGUGUCUGACUCGGAGGUGGACGCAGGAUUCAGAGGACUCUUUUCCAAACUCGCCGGGCCCGACAUGGAGAUCUCUGCAGUGGAGCUCCAGUCCAUCAUGAACAAGAUCGUUUCCAAACGAACGGACAUUAAGACGGACGGCUUCAGCUUGGAGACGUGCCGGGUCAUGGUGAACCUGAUGGACGACAGCGGCAACGGGAAGCUGGGCAUCGGAGAGUUCGCCACGCUGUGGAAGAAAGUUCAGAGAUAUCUGACCCUCUACAAGAAGAAUGACCUAGAUAACUCGGGGACCAUGAGUACUCCUGAGAUGAGAGUCGCCUUCAAAGACGCAGGUUUCACCCUCAACAACAGCAUCUACCAGCUGCUGGUGGCCCGGUACUCCGAGCCAGACAUGACCAUCGACUUUGAUAACUUUGUGGGCUGCUUGAUGAGACUGGAGAUGAUGUUCAGGAUCUUUAAGAAGCUCGAUCCUCACAACAGCGGCUCCAUUGAGCUUGACUUCAACCAGUGGAUAAGCUUCUCCAUGAUCUGAGCCCUGGACCUGAGCCGAGCCGAGCCGAGCCGAGCCGUGUGCUGGCGGUCCUGCAGCGAGCCAUAUUAUCCCCGUGUACUGCUGCAGCUCCACUUCCUGUUUAUAUCCAAACACUACCUGUCUGUCUCCGUAACGUAACGUCAAUAAAGUUUCCAGAAUCCUUCAA